AUGCCAAAAAGAGAAAAAGAAAGACUCCUCGACGGGGAAUUGAACCCCGGUCCCCUGCGAAUCCUGGGAUUUCCCCGUCGUCCUGAGUAUGGUAAAGAUUUGGUGACUUCACAACACGCCUGUAAUCUCUUCAUCCAGGGCUUCGUGCCUGCCGCCAAUGCGAAAUGCCUCUCGCCUAUUGUCUGUAGAACCCAAGAGUCGACUGAGUCCCUGAAUUGCAUGGUAGCGCAGGGGUAUGAUGCACGCACUUCUCAUAUCACGGUCUCGCCUGACAGGGCAAGAUAUCAGAUGGGAACUUGGCGGUGUGUUGGGGGUUGGUUCCACGGAGACGCGUGGAAUCUUGUAGCACACAUGGCCAUAUGCGAAACAUUGAUUUAUUCGGCUGUCUUGAAUGGGGGCUCUCUUACCGACUCACCUACCUUACGUGCGGCAUUCAAUCUUGAAUGGCCGGAAUACGAAGGGGAAAAGGUCUUCGCAGGAAUGUCUCGGUCCUCCGUGCUGGGUCUUCUGCAGGCUCGAUGGCGUGUGGAGGUGGCUUCCAAAGUCCGAGACCCGAGGCUUCCAUACUUCCACGAGCCUGUUAUCUCGCAACGGGAUGAAUCUAGAAUGGUGGAUCAUUGCUGCAUUGUACAGCUCCCUAGUGCAGCAGAGGAAACUGGGACUCGGGCGGCCUUGCGUAACGUAGAUGGCAUGUUGAACCAACAAAAGUGUCUUCAGAGAUACACCCUCUCUAGUCUCCCACUUUUCCCCACCCUCUCGUUCGGCCGAGUCCUGCUUUUCGAGGGCUUCGUCAACGGCCCCGGCAUAGCCAGCAUCUCUAUUUCCCGUUCAGGAAAUUCAUCGUGCAUGAUCGAUCUUUGCAGUGCAUUCUGCCUCGUGACGAAUCUCAGCUCAGCCCUAUUUGUUUUCGCCCCCACGCCCGGCUCCGUGGACAAUGAGGAUGCUUUUCUCUUCGGAAACGAAUCAAAAUGCGCAAUUGGCCAUGUCGCGCCUCUGCGACGUACAAUUUCCUAUUCGGGAAACUGGUCUCUUUUCUCUUGGCCCUCCAAAGUCAGUAAUGCCCUCAGCCUGCGGCUCAACGUAGAUUUGCCCAAAACGGCAAUCGACACUCAAGAGUAUAUCUUCACGUUUGUAGAAGAAACAUCUCAAGCUGAACUAACAUUCAAGAAUGAGAAGCAUCCACUUUUGCGGCGCGGUCUUGACGGCCCGACUGGAAGCUUGACAUUAAAAGUCAACCUAUCUCGUCUUCUGCCAGCUGUACGACUCGCCUUGAUGACUGCCUUUACUAGCGGCAGCAGCCCAUAUGAGAAGGAUUCAUCCAACCGAGGCUACGGAUACAUCGUGUCUCGAUGUAGCAAGCUUCUCAUGUCGUUGGCACUCUUUCAAGUUAUGCUUGUCAUCUCGGUCAGAUUAUCCAACCACCGCUCACGAAUACUCGACAACCAAUAUGCCUGGUCCCAUCGUUCCAGUUUCGGUCAUCACUGCACUCUCGGAUCCCUCCAAAAUGUGCCAGUGUCCUGCAACCUCGCCGCCAUCGACUGCUACGACAUGCCAAAAAUGACCAAGAAGUUGUGGCCGACCAUACCGUCGGACCCUUGCCCCUCAGAUGUCUCCAUCGUGAACCAAGUGGGUUGGUGGGACAGAAGCACCCGCCCCGCGGCCCUACCCAUCUCCAGCCCACAGCACAAGCAAUCUCGAGAAAUGAACCUGCAAUCUCUCGCCCAGUCAGCAAGUAUACAAGCGAUACAGCGUCAUCAGCCUUUAGGCACCCUUUUGCAGCGUUUCGAUGAUGGGUGGGUGAUAGUGGGCAAGAUCCGCUUAGAGAUGAAUGAGAAUCAAGCAGGCAAGGUAUUUAGUGAAGGUCAUGUUGAAGUGGUAUUGAGAUUCAAUUAG